UUGGUAUUACUGCGCAUGCUCAGGAAGGAGCGGUUAAAUUCAAACUGAACACAGGGCUGGAAACGUCUGUCUGAUAUCGGUUGCUAACAAAAGGACCCACAAUAAUGGAAUCCACCGAAACAUUCAAUUUUGACUUUGAGCGAGUCGGAUCAAGCAAAAGGCGGAUUUCCUCGAUUUUAAAAGCACCACGGACCUCUGUCAAAGUGACAGAGUCUAGUCUGAAGGAGCCUCAGCAGGGGGAUAAGAGCAAACCAACCGAGAAAAGGAGGAGCUCAAGGAGAGUCAGCUUUGCUGCUACAAAAAAUGUGGUUGUCUUUGCCAAGGACAUGACGAGCUCAUCUGAAGAACAGAGUCCUUCACCAAGUUUGACACCUAUGGGAGCAGGCAGUCAAGAUGCAAAAGUCAUGUAUGAUGGCAUUGAAAACCUAUUAAAGGCACCCCUGCAAGUAUCACAUCAAAGGGAUGAGAAUCAGUUCUUCCCAGAUGUAUUUCUGCCAGACGGUUGUAACGAUAAAACGGUCCUUUUUGGAGAAGACACUGCAUGUAUGGACAUGACUCACUGUCAUACAGUUGUCAUUGAUAAGGAAUCUGAUAAAAGUGGCCUGAAUUUCACAACCAAUACAGAGAUGUCAGUCAGCAGGAUCUGUAAACCUACAAACAUGGAAGAUACCAUGCUACAAAAAAACAUCUGCCUUGUUGACAAAGGAAAUGCAUACUCUCAGAAUGCAGAGCCGGCUUCAGAUUUUGGAGCUUUCCUCGCAAGUAUGACCCAGCAAAAGGGAGUUGGGAAUAAAUCAAGAAAUGAAAGACCUUACAUGGCUAGAGAUCAGACAUUGCUGUUUGAAGGGGACGAUAUGGCACACAUGGAUAUGACCCAUUCUCACACAGUUAUGAUUGAUGACGACUCAAAUGAAACUGACUUAAACUUCUUUAAGAAAGCAGAGAUGCCAGUAAGUGGAAUCUUUAAGACUAUAAACAAGGAAGACAACAUGCCACAAAGAAAUGUGGAACUUGCUAAUAAGGCUGCCACUGAUGGAGAUUUUGAAGUGUUCCUUGCAGGCUUGACCAAGCAGAAGGGACUCGGGAAUGCAAAAAGUGAGCAGUCUUUCCCUGCUAUUCAGUCUAGCAGCGUUCCAUUUCAUACCCAGAAAGUCGAUUCAAACAGCUUUUUCGCCAGACUAAAUGCCCACCGUAGUGUAACCGACAAAGAGAACCAGCCUCCUGCUCUGCCAGACCGCUCUGUUUCAAAACCUCAAGGCCUUCACCUUAGGAGGUCCAGUACCCCAUCAGCUGAACAUGACUUCAUGGAUCUAACAAAAAGUCACACAGUUGCAAUAGACAGAAGAGGUUGUCUCCAAAGCCAACAGGCAACACAGAGAGAGAAGCAGUGGGCCAUCGGACAGGGCAGCACCAAUGCAUCUCGACUGGAUUGUGAUGGUUUGGUAGGUUCCCUGAAAUCACCUGAUCCAGAUGACAUGGACUUGACAAGGAGUCAGACCGUUGCAAUCAACUUCAAAAGUAUGGACGUGGUGAGGCCCUCAUUGAGCAAUGUCAGGAGGUGUGAAAGGUCUUUUCUGGAUCCCAACCAAACACAGAUUUUCUCCGGCAAUAACGUUGGAAUGGAGCUUACAGGAGUCAUUGAUGGGACUGAGGUACAGGAAAAUAUCCCACAAAAGAUGCCUGUCCAGACAGAAUCAAGGUUCUCUCUCUCAAAACUCAGGGGGGCUUCUGUCCACGCUCCCCAACCUGUAAGUCAGCAACAGAGGAUUAGUCAUUUUCAAAAUGAUAUGUGGACUGUUGACCCUGCUAAGACCGAUGACAUGGAACUGACAAAGAGCCAGACAGUCGUAAUUGACAGCAAGGGCUACGAGCGGGAUAGGCCCAAUAAAACACGAAAAAGUCUGUCCACAAACAGAAGUGUUAUAUUUGCACAAAAUGAUGAGGGUAUGGAGUUCACUGAACCUUUUACAGGUCACCUGGAGGCAAGAAAACGUGGCAGUCAGAGUAUCUCCAUGGAUAUGAAGAUUAAUCAGACUGGAGCCGCAUCAGAUUCUGAGGACAUGGAAAUGACAAAGAGUCAAACUGUGGUCAUUGAUUCUAAAGCCUACAAACAGGAAAAGCCCGUUAAGUCGAGGAAAAGUCUGUCCACCAAUAGGAGUGUGAUGUUUGCCCAAAAUGAUGAUGGUAUGGAGAUGACUGAAGUCCUUUCUGGACACAUAAAAGCAAACAGCUACUCUAACAGAAGAGAAUGUGACGCUCAGGGUGUUUCCAUGGAUAUGAAGAUUAACCAGACUGUUUCCAGUGGUGGCAAGAGUUUGUGGGGAGCCGCAUUAGAUUCUGAGGACAUGGAAAUGACAAAGAGUCAAACUGUGGUCAUUGAUUCUAAAGCCUACAAACAGGAAAAGCCCGUUAGGUCGACGAAAAGUCUGUCCACCAAUAGGAGUGUGAUGUUUGCCCAAAAUGAUGAUGGGAUGGAGAUGACUGAAGCCCUUUCUGGACACAUAAAAGCAAACAGCUACUCUAACAGAAGAGAAUGUGACGCUCAGAGUGUUUCCAUGGAUAUGAAGAUUAAUACAAAUGUUCCGGAUAAUGGCAAGAGUUUUUGGGCAGACACAUCAGAUUCUAAUGACAUGGAAAUGACAAAGAGCCAAACUGUGGUGAUUGAUUCCAAAGACUACGACCAGGUUAAGGCACCAAAAUCAAGGAAAAGUCUUUCCACCAACAAAAGUGUGCUGUUCUCAAAAAAUGAUGACUGUAUGGAGAUGUCUGAAGCCCUUACUGGACACAUGGAUGCAAAUCGUCACUCCGUCAGAGAUGGAAGUGAUCAAACCAGUCCACGUGUUUUCUUAAACCAGACAGUCCAACAGAGCCAACCACAUGUGGAAGCUCUUUUUUCAGAAGCAGACGACAUGGAAAUCACCAGAAGUCAAACUGUUGUCAUUGACUCAAAAAACAGAGGAAUUACUGGCAAUGGCUCAUCACAUUCCAGUCAUAUGGAAAUUGCCGAAAGUCAAAAAGAUUUGACUGAGUCUAACCAGCCAAUUAAAGGAAGCCUUUUGAGGAAAAGCAUGAUGAAAAGUUUGUCUUGUGUGCCAUCUUCAUCAUUACAGAAUACCAUGUUUGGGAAUGAUCCUUAUUCGGAAAGAAAGGAGGCAACAACUGUUAGUGGUGACGACAUGGAAAUAACACGAAGUCAGACUGUUGUCAUUGAUGCUAAACAUAAAAGGAUGAGUGGGGAUAGUGACCCCAAGGUCCACACUCUAACCACUAAAUGGAAGAAUAGCAUUUCGCCCAUGACUGAUGCAACUUUCCCCUCCAGUCAGAUGACUAGUCAGGCCAAUGUGUUGCAAAUGUCAACUGCUGGUGAAGACAUGGGAUUUACAACUCGUAAAGCAGCUGCUAUGGAUUCCAAUUCCAGUGAAGUAAACGAUGGCUGUAAAAGUACUACAAAGAAAUUCUUCCCAUUUGAUCCCUUAAUUUCUAAACCUUGUGAAUCUGAGGGAAUUACCACUGACCUAUCAUUCAUUACUGGCCAGAAGGUCUUUCCAUCUCUUUGGGUAGAUGACAUGGAGCUGACUAGCAGCAAAGUGACAAAGUCUGUGCCAUAUAUGGCAGCCGAGUCAAAAACACAGUGCUCUUCUGAUGAAGGCUAUGUCUUGAAGAUGACAAAGUCUGCUCAACUGGCCUCUGAUGAACGUUAUGGUGCACCGCUUCAUGAGGAAGAUCCUGUUGCCCUCAUGUCUCAGAGUAGGGAAGUCAUUGGAGAGUCCAGUAGUGUUAGAGGCAGAGGUAUUCAUCAUGACCAAAGGAGCUCUUUGUGCGCAGAGGAAAAUGUUGACUCAGCCGAACCAGAUCCAGUUUCUCCACCUGAUCAUACUGUCACCAAGAGAAGUGAUCCCAUAUCCCAAAAAUCUAAAUCUAGGCGGAGAAGCCUGCUAGAUCUACAGUCUAAACUGAGACGUAUUUCACAAGCUAUCAAUGACCCGGCCCAAAGUGUAGUAAACAGUGCAACUUUACCAUUACCCCGUUUGGAGGUAACAGAAAUGUUCACAGAUAAUCCUGAAAUGGCAGACACAAUAGGUUGCAGUAACCAGAACGCUGUAGAAGUGUUGACUGAACAACCAGAUCAUGUAGAAAGCUCCAGAAAGACCUCGGUCAAACAUGAGACUAAACCACUCACAGCACGACGCUCGUUUGGUGGAUUUCUACCCAAACUGCCAUCAAGACAAAAACCAAUUAUUACUGAUCACGUAUCUGAAACCACAAAAACCUUCAAAAGUAACUUCCUCGAAAUCGACCUAGAUGCCACUUCCAAUCUUGGCAACUCUGAGAUGGAUGAUAUCCAUGCUGAACAGCUUCCUGAGAUGAGUAGCGACGAGGACAUUUCAGUAACUGUUGAUGACCAUUCUUUCAAGCAAACCCAGGAGGAAGAUGGCCACUGCGGUGCAAACCCGUUGCCAGAAGACCUGGUGCAUAAUGUCUCACCGACUCUCAAUGUCACCAAAAACCUGAAAAGGCCGCGUCCAGAGGAUGACCAUGACAAUAUGCCUCUAGAGCAGAAGAGAAAACAAGAAGUAUUACCCACUGAAGUCACGGGGUCUGCUUUUAGUAGCAUCCGGUGGGAGACUAAUGCCACAGAGGAAGCUUCUAAUGUGAUGACUAAGACAAUUGAUGGUACCAGCUCCAGCAGUAACUCCACCUACCUUAAAUCUGAGGCCACCUUCGAGUCAACAUACAAGUACAGCCAGUGUGACUCCCAGAUCGAAAGGACUUUGGAUUAUGAAUUUGAUUUUUACAAGAAAAUUGAAGAUGGAAGCAUCACCAUGAAUGAGUUCCUGAGGCACUUUGGCAUCGACUUCGUCAUCCACAGAUCCCGUCCAAGUGCCCUCCCUGACAAUUUUUCACCUGACCCAACACCAAAAAUGGAGCACUUACUGAAUGAGCUGUUCAUCUACCGACCUAAACAGAGGGUUUAUGAAGCUGACUGUGAGAAGCUCGCUGCAAUGGUCGAAGGACUCAAGUCACGGAUGCUGGAACAAGACCGUCCCGUCAGACACAUCAAUGAGUCGCUUUGGCAGGAGUUGACAAACCUAUCCAAGGAACAGCUACUGAGCUUUGGUUCCAAGUUGAAGGAAAGAAAGGUGCAUUUCCGAAAGAGAAGCAAAAUGCUUUCUCAUGAAAUGAAGGCUGGCAUGUACUCUGAACUUGUGCACACAACACAGGAGACCAAACAUCAACUUGAGGAAAAGGUGUUGGAAACGGAUACAUUACUAAAAGAUCUUGAUGCGUGUAUCCAUGAUUUGGAAGUUGAAUUGGAAGCUGUGGAUAGCGCCCUGAGAGUUGACCAAGUGCAUGCACAGAGUGAAAUACAGCCGGCCCUGAGAAAGAGACAAGAAGAACUUGAACGCUUGGAUAGUGCUGUUGCUGAGAAACAAAGGCAAAUGGUCCAUGUGGAAAGUGAGAAGAAGAACAAGGCAGAAAAAUUGGACAGAUUACGAGAGGAGGUGAAAGAUAUAAAGAAACACACCUCGGUUCUACACAGUGUGAACGAAUGGAAGUUGAGCUUGAAAGAAAAUGGAAGGACUCUGAUUGGUUUUCUACAUAACACACUAUUGUUAGAGGUGGUACAUCAACCGCCCAGUGGAAUGCUUGCCCCAAAUGAUGAUACGGAACAGAAACUUCUUGACGUUUCAUUUCAUUUUCAAUCAGACGCAGACAAAUCUGAGUGCCACUCUAUAAUAGUCCAUGACCUGCUCUCCAAACUCUUUAAGUCUGAAACCGAUUGGUUGAAGAGGUACUCCACCACUCGCGACAUUCCAAUGCUCCUACAUGAUGUGAGCCUGGCGGUGAGCCGCAUCCGUCUUCUCGGUGAAGAGAUCCAGCGGCUGAAGAGGUGGGGAGCGCUGAGACUGAGCGUCCUAGAGAUCAGCUGUGCAGACAGGCAGGUCCAAAUAGUUUUCUCCAGCCUCAAAGCGUUUGUCAAGUUUCAGCUAACUCUGAUGGUUACCUGUGCGUACCCCUUUGGAGGGAUUAAGGUCCAUAGCUUCCAGAACUACAUUGGAAAUACAAGCGUUGACCAGAUUGAGGAUGUACUCUCGUCCAUUGAACCAGCCAAGGGCUACUUGACCCAGUUUAUCAAGAUGAUUCAUGAUCAUCUCCUUGUCUAAAACAUUUUGAUGAUCAAAAUUCCACCUGGUGUCCAAAUAGUGGAAUACAUUAUAUAUAUAUAUUUUGUUAAAGUAAUUGUUUUGUCAUUAUGUUGCUAUGAAUGUUUUGUCUGUUAUGUAUAUUACCCAGUUAAAAAGAUCUGAUCAAAUGUUUAUAGAGAUAAUGUACUCAUUACGUUGUGUCCCACAAUUAACUUUUAAGAAUUAACAAUUAAGGCAGGAAAAUCUCACACUGGCAGCUGAGAACACGUAUUUGAAAUGUAAAUAGUUGUACAAAAUUCUGUCAUUUGUCUUUUCACUUUGCCGUUGAUGUUUAGCUAAAUUGAUGAAAUUAAACUGAUAUAAAUAAAUGGUUGCAUUUAGAAUGGA